UACUUAGUUAAUCCCUAUCAGAGGAUUAAUUUACUGAUUUGGUUAAGACUCUUGACAACCCAAUCAUUUCUCCUCUGAACCUUCUUGCAUUGUCUCAUGUGAACUUUUGGGGGACACCACAUCCAACCAUAACAUUUACAAACAGCAUAUGUUUUUAAUUUUGGGGUAGGGAUACUUAACCUAUAUCCCCAGCCUUUUUAUUUUUAAUUUUUGAGACAAGUUCUCACUAAGUUGCUGAAGCCAGCUUUGAACUUGUGAUCCUCCUGCCUCAGUCUCCUAUGUCUACUAGAUUACAGGCAUACCCACUGCACCUGGCUAGCUAAUGCAUCUUUAUUCUUGGCCCUGGGCCACUACCCAAGGUUUGUGCAUGUCUCCCACAACACCUAAACAUUCUGCUCUCGCCCUCUGCUUUCCCAACUGACUGCUAGCCGAGGUGAGUGAUUUGAUAUCCUCAGAACCAGGUGUAGUUGGAACUCAGUAGUAAAUAAGUGGCUUUCCUCUUUUGCCAAAAGGGAUACAAGGAUGAAUUCUAGGUUUGGUGGUCUGGAAGGGACAUGAAACAGUCCUGAAAAGCUAAGCAUGUGGCCAGAAAGAAAGGGACCAGACCUUGCCUUAAAAAAGCUUAGUUCUGGUUUGGAAUUUUUGGUGUGUGUUGGGGGUGGGGUUACAGAAAAAGGGAGUUAAUUCAUUCAUAGGUAUAUCUCUUACUUAGCAUGCAGCGUUUAUGAGGCCCUGGGUUUAAUCCCAACCCCCCCAAAAAAAAAAACACAAAUGUAAAAAGUCACCCCUUUCCUCUUUUAUUUUUUUAAUUUUUUUUAGUUGUAGUUGGACACAAUAUCUUUAUUUAUUGUUAUGUGGUGCUGAGUAUUGAAUCCAGUGCCUUGCACGUGCUGUGCUAGGCGAGCACUCUACCGCUGAGCCACAACCCCAGCCUCUCUUUCCUCUUUUAAAAUAAACACCAAGGACAUAGGGAUAUAUCUCAGUCAUAGAGCAUUUGCCUAGCAUUUGCAAGGGUCCUGGGUUGGAUCCCCACAGCCACCACCACCCCCCCAGGAGAGGUGGCAAACUACCAGGAACUUUAUGACUUUUUUGUUUGGUUUCAAUUUUGGAGACAGGGCCUUGCUGUUACCGAGACUAGCCUGAAACUCAUGAUCCUCCUGCCUCAGCCUCAAAAGUUGCUGGGAUUACAGGGUGUACAUCAACACACCUAGUACCACCAGGGACUGUUUUUUAUUUCUUUUCCAUACUUUUUAUUGGUGCAUUAUUGUUGUUACACAUUUGUACAUGCAUACACCAUUGGGGCCUUUGGAACAUUCUGAAACCCAACCAGACAACAAGGCUAGUUGAUCGAAUUCAAAGAGUUAUUUUCACUAAAGCAUAAAGCAAAUAUUUUCCUAACAAUAACCUAGCUAACAAAGUCUCUGAAUUUCCCAAUACAGUUUAACUGAACAUAUAGUCCCCAGAUUCAUUUCAGGUCUCUGCUAAUAAGACAAUUUGGAAAGUCACAUCUGGGCCCAUCCUGAAGCACAGGUGCCAGGGCUGCCCCCUCAUGUCUGUUGUGACCCUUCCCCAUCCUUAUCACAGGAUAUGACGCAUCUUCUCGCCCAAUGAUCUGGUCACCAUGCUGCCAAGCCUGACCCUGGCACUGGCAUUUGCUAUUGAUUUCAGAUGUGGAGAUUGGCUAUUAACUCUGUAAAUAGAGCUCUGACCCCUUGAGGCCAGUGGUUAGCAGUGGAAGGCUGAGCCACUGACACAGGCUUGGAGGCAAAGGCUGGUUUCCAGGAUCGCAGGCUAGCUAUGUCCAAUUCACAAAUGGUCUUGGGAUAAGCACAGGAUGAAAAGGGGUUUGAACCUUGGGAGACAAAAUUACCCCCAGUUGAAUGCUUAAAGGAGACUUCAGGUUCUCAACCAUGGGCAUGUUUAAGUGGGCGACAAGCAGGGGUAGGUAAUACCCCAGCAAAAAACCCACCUACAACUGGAGUGACCCAGCCCUGGUGCCAGGUGUAUGAAUGUGAACAUUUCCAUUCAGACCAUUUUAUAGGUGAGUAAACAAGCUCUCUGGGAGAGUGGUCACAGCCUCCCCCAGAUCUCCAGUUAGGUUGCCGAGCACCCCACUCUAUUCCCCUCUUUUCCACUGGGCAGAGCCCUGAGCUGGGUCAGGGAAUCCCAAUAUAUUGCCCCUCUCUAGGCCAAGGUUUCCUUUUUGGGUCAGGAAGGUCUUUAUACAGCUCCAGGGCAAACAAGAGUUUGAUACACCCUAGGAAGUUGAAAGGUGAGACCAGGAAAUGGACCAGCUAGAGCAGAAAUCUUGUGACUUCUGUAAACCAAGAAAUCAUAAAGAAGGUUAAAAUAAAAGCAAAGCCAGACUUAUCCAAGUGCAAAAUAGAUUUGCAAAUUGGGAAACAGGUUAGGUAUCUCUGAAAGGGACCAUGCAGCUUUGGGAGAGAAAUAGGAUUGAGUGAAGUCCAGUGCAAAUUAGGGUGGUGGUGAAUUUUAUAAGUCCAUUGAAAUAUCCAGUUCAGGAGACAAAACUGAUCAUUGUGGUGUUUUUCAAACCUUACAAGGUAUUUAAUAAUAGAAAUUUGUUCCCUUUGUCAAGUUUGUUUCCCAACAUGAAACCUUGUGGCAAUUUACCACUGUCAGUAAAACUUCAAGACUUGGAAAAGGAUCUUUGCUCUCCUUUUGACCACUCUGCAGCCAUUUUGAUUUUUAUGUAUGACUUAAGUCCCCUGGGAAGAUGAGGGAGCAUGGUCUGGUGGCCUUAGAGCCAGCAGGAAGGGGUUGGGUGGCAAGCACUUCUUCACCCCACCUCCUUUUCAAGACGUCACUGGAAUCCAGGGACCAGGAGCAGGAGAAGCCACCUCCUGGUCAAUAAAUACCCAGGCUGUCUGACUAGGGUCUGCAGCUGCCUGAAGGAGCAACCUCCACAGCUCUCCCUUGGUGAGUGAGAAUGCCGCCUUAGCUGGAGCUCUCUUUGGGUGCAUGGCACAAUGUCCCUCUUUCCUAUUCCCAAGUCCUUCCACCCUUGAAUCAUACCCCUUUUCCUUUUCCCCCCAGUUCUAUUAAUCUGUUCCUGAGCUUUUCACUCCUGGCAUGAAAGGGACAGGGGUGGAAACAUUUACUCCAGUCACCACACAUUCAUUCCAUAUCCCCAACUACCAAAGAAGAGAGAUAACAGGCCACAGAGAAAAGGGGCAGAAACUCAGGUGCUCCAAAUACCCUACUCUGCUGCUUGACUUAUGGAGAAUUCCCCUGACCAUCCAACCAUCUUCCCUUCUAUUGGCCUGAAGUCUAUUCCCCUCUUAAUCUUCCCAAAGGAAGGAGGGACAGGCCUGGCUAACUAAGAGGGCCCUCAGAACUGGGGAGGGAGCCUGUGCUCCAGAGCUCUGUGGGAGGACUGGCGCAGAGGGAAAGGCUUUGGAAAAUAAUAAGCUGCCCUGAGAUGCAGUGUCAGACUUUUGAGUGCUCUCCACUGUCCUACAGAGCAGUGCUGCCAUGGCUAGCUCUAGAUUAGGCCUUCUGCUGCUGCUCCUACUGCUGCUGACUGCCCACCCUGGACCCUCGAGGGCUCAGCACUGGUCCUAUGGCUGGUACCCCGGAGGAAAGCGAGCCUCCAGCUCACUCCAGGACCUCCCAAGUGCUCUUAGGUCCUCAGCUGGCAACCCAACUCGGGCUGCCGAUAGCCUACCAAAUGAUGCACUGGCUCCCCCUGAGGAUCCAAUGUCUUGGAAGGGCAGGACCAUGGCCCGCUUGUCCCUCCACAGGAACCAGCACCUGGUGUAGACCCUAAUGGUGAGUGCGGUAAGAGGUCCCCUUCGUUCAAGAUUAUCCAUGGGUCCCCUUUGGCCAUCCUGCCUGGAGACUGGGGAGUGUGAGACACCACUGGGAUGCCCCUUUCCCCAGUAGAACAACUGUAUUAAAAAGGCCCAUAUAAAAGAGUGGUAGCUGUGGUGUUCCCUAGACUUCAUGACAGCCAAGUCGGUGUGUUUCAAGGUGGGCAGGCCCUCUGGCCAGAGGGAAGAGGGAAGGAGUGCACUUCACACAGGUAGCAGUGCUCAAAGAGCCAAAUGGUCAUUGACUUGGACUCGGAAUAACUCAGUGACUUUAGACCUCCCCAAGACCAUAGAAGAAUACAGGUGUAGGAAAAUGCGUUAUUACUAGUUGCAAAUAGAACACAUGUAAAGUGCACCAGGGGUGCACAUGAACUAAAGGAGGAAGUGGUAAAUUCCUAGGAGGCACAGCCUUAUCGCCUAAUUUAAGUGAUGUUAGCUCGGGCUUUUACACAUCAAGCUUGUUUGGGGUGAACAAGGUCAUGGGCUGGAAAUCCCCAAGCUGGGUUCUCAGGCUCCUGUAGGAGCGGGGUGCAUCCGAGCAACGUGAAAGCAGAUCAACUGACCAGAUGGCAGGAGGGAAGGGGACCGAGCAGCCCGAGGUAUGACUACCCCUCUCCCU